AUGUCUAAAAUCUCUUCAGAAGCCCCAAACAAAGCCAAUCCAAUUCCUCUAAUAGAACUUUUUUCUGAUUGUAAGACAAUUAAUAAUGAAUUGCACAAGACACCUGAUAAAUUAUAGGCUAUUCCCUUAAAUAUAAGACUAAUAAAUACAACUGAGUAGAAGAAGUCAAAAGCUUAAAGCAAUUAUUUAGUUGGAAGAAAUAAUUAUUAGUAAUAGAAAUACACCUAAUAUACAUGA